AUGUCUGCUGACAGAGACAGGAAGGAGCUCACAGAGCUGCUGCCAGUGGUCAAAGCCUCCAACAAAGCUCUACUGAGUGGCUGCUCCCUCUCAGAAAGAAGCUGUGAGGCUCUGUCCUCUGUUCUCCGCUCCCAGUCCUCUAGUCUGAGAGAGCUGGACCUGAGUAAUCACAACAUCCAGGAUUCAGGAGUAAAGCUUCUGUCUGCUGCACUACAGAGUCCACAUUGUGCACUGGAAACACUGAGAUUGAGUGGUUGUUUCCUCUCAGAGAGAAGCUGUGAAGCUCUGUCCUCAGUUCUCAGCUCCCAGUCCUCUAGUCUGAGAAAGCUUGACCUGAGUAGCAACGACUUCAGGCAUUCAGGAGUGAAGCGUCUGUCUGCUGCACUGCAAAGUCCACACUGUACACUGGAAACGCUGAGGUCACAUCAAAGGAUGUUUUAUUUUUUAUGAAAUGAAAUCAUUUACCGUUUAAAAAAAACAUCUUAUAA